AUGGGUCUCUUCGGUCGUCGCCGGUCUGAGAACUCGGCUGCCACAGCCGUCGAGCAUGGCCGUGCCCAUCCCGAACUCACAAAGCCACAGCUCAAGCGCGCCACUCGAACACGCAAGACCUGGGCCCUGACCACAUCCUUCUUCCUGUUCAUCGCUGUCAUAUUCCUCAUUCUUCUGCAAAUCAGCGGCACGUACAACAAGCACCUGCUUAGGGAUUGGUACUUUAUCCGUCUCGACCUCAGCAAUGUCGUGCCCUCGUCCGUGCCCAACUUUGCGCUGAUCAACACCAUUGCGCAAACACUCGGUCUGCACGACUUCUACCAAGUCGGCCUAUGGAACUUCUGCGAGGGCUACAAGGGCGAGGGCGUCACCUACUGCUCUCCGCCCGAGACCCUGUACUGGUUCAACCCCGUCGAGAUUCUGCGUAAUGAGCUGCUCGCGGGAGCGUCGAUCAACCUGCCCGCCGACAUCAACGACAUCCUCGACCUUAUCAGGCUCGUAUCGAACUGGAUGUUCGGCCUCUUCCUAACCGGCACGGUCCUCUCCUUCGUGCUGAUCUUCGUCAUGCCGCUUUCUGUCUUCACGCGCUGGCUCGCGCUGCCCGUUGCGAUCCUGGCCUUCCUGAACGCGCUCUUCGUCACCGUCGCCUCGGUCCUCGCAACCGUCAUGUUCAUCAUCUUCCGCAACACUAUCGGUGGCGUGGCAGAGCUGAAUAUCGGCGCCGAGAUCGGCGUGACCAUGUUCGCGUUCAUGUGGGUUGCGAGCGCAUUCACCAUCUUUGCGUGGCUGGUCCAGAUGGGCUUGUGCUGCUGCUGCGCGAGUCGGCGGGAUGUGAAGACGGGGCGCAAGAGGGGUAAUGAGAAGGCGUAUUCGAUGGAUGGCCAGCGCGGCGUUACCGACGGGGCUGCGGACCCUGUUGUCGAGCCCAAGGAGAACGCGCACCCAGCACGGGGCGUCAGGUUCUGGAAGCGUCGCUAG